AUGCUCCGUCCUGCGCGCAGCCUCCCGGCGCCAGGGGGCGCACUCCUCUCUCUGGCCCCGCCCCCGGAGCGGUUGGGAUUUGAAUGUCUGGCGGGCUGCGGCCGGAAGAACCGACCCCUCAUUGGCAUGGAGAGAUGGAGCGCCAGCGGACGGUGCACAGUUCAAGAGCAGCGUGCCCGUUGGGAGCGGAAACGCGCCUGCACUGCCCGGGAGCUGCUGGAGACCGAGCGGCGCUACCAGGAACAGCUGGGGCUGGUGGCCACGUACUUCGUGGGGAUUCUGAAAGCCAAGGGCACCCUGCGACCAGCAGAGCGUCAGGCCCUGUUUGGGCCCUGGGAGCUCAUUUACGGCGCCAGCCAAGAGCUUCUUCCCUACCUCGAAGGAGGGCACUGGGGACAGGGGCUGGAAAGCUUCUGCCCCCAUCUGGAGCUCUACACCGAAUUUGCUGCCAACGCAGAGAGGUCCCGGACCACCCUGCAGGAGCAACUAAAGAAAAACAAGCGUUUCCGGAGGUUUGUGCGACUUCAGGAAGGCCGCCCUGAGUUUGGGAGCCUUCAUCUUCAAGACCUGCUCCCUCUGCCUCUGCAGAGGCUCCAGCAGUAUGAGAAUCUUGUUGUGGCUUUGGCUGAAAACACAGGUCCCAACAGCCCUGACCAGCAACAGCUCACACGGGCUGCCCGGCUGAUAAGUGAAACCGCCCAGAGAGUCUACAGCAUUGGUCAAAAACAGAAGAAUGACCAGCACCUCCGGCGUGUUCAGGCUUUGCUCAGUGGCCGCCAGGCAAAGGGGCUUACCUCAGGUCGCUGGUUCCUACGCCAGGGCUGGCUAUUGGUAGUGCCUCCCCAUGGGGAGCCCCGGCCCCGAAUGUUCUUCCUCUUCUCCGAUGUGCUCCUCAUGGCCAAACCUCGACCCCCACUGCACCUGCUGCAGAGUGGCACCUUUGCCUGCCGUGCCCUCUACCCCAUGGCCCAGUGUCAACUCCACAGAGUCUUUGGCCACUCAGGAGGCCCUUGUGGUGGACUGCUCAGCCUGUCCUUUCCCCAUGAGAAGCUACUGCUUAUGUGCACAGACCAGGAGGAGCUGUUGCACUGGCACCACAGUUUGACUCUGGCCAUCAGCAGCCAGAAGAACUAGAAGAAUCUUCAUUCCAGAACCCAGUUUACUUGAGAGACAAGUCAAAGUCAGAGGAGUACAAAGAAAUCUUCAGUACUAACUAAACAAAACACACACAACACUUCAUGGUUGGAGAAGGGUCAUUUCGGGUUUGCUUGGGACCAACCUGUGCCAGCUCAUCUGACCAGCCCUUGAGAAUCAGGAAACCAAGUCCCACCCUGGUGAAGUUCUGCUGAACCAGCCCCUCCAAAGCAGAUGAGGGGAUUUGGGACUGAUUAAGCUCAGUGCUGAAUCCCUGGGUGGUUGUUUAUCAGGACUGCAGCUUUGUAAAUGUGGAUGUUUUUAUGUUGAAUACAGUUUCCGUAAUUUAUUUUCCCACUGCAUUUUAGUAAAUAUUUUUCUUCUUC